AUGGCGCUCCGGCACGCGGGCGCGUCAGGCGGGUGGAGCCAGGUCUACCGCGUGAACAGCUACCACAUCCCGCUCGACGACGCGGUGCUUGCCAAGAUGAAGGCCGAAUUCGAGAAGUGGAUGGGCAGCAGCGCAAAGACGGGCGGCCAUCGGCCCAUCUGGACGUGUAUCGAGGUGCCGAAGCUGGGACUCGAGAACAUGAAGGUGGAGAUUGAGGUCGUCGCGCAUGUACCUGCUGUAUAG